AUGGCAGGGGCCAGUAAGGCAGAUAAUCAAGGUACAACUGUGCCGGCUGCUGCGGCGGCACCAAAGCAAGAUGCAAGCGCACAACCGAACGCAACCCACUCUACGCCACGUCCACCCCAACAACAACAACAACCACCAGCAGCCCAACAACACCAGCAACAACAACCGCCCCCGCCACAGCAACAGGUGCGAGCCAAUCAGCCACAAUACUCGCAGGCCGACUUGAAUCGAAUAGUGCUCGAGUACUUGAACAAAAAAGGGUAUAACCGUACAGAAGCAAUGUUACGGUUGGAAAGCACCAAUACUCCAACACCGGCAGUCGAAGCUGUGACUCCAGCAACUACAACUCUCGCUGCGCCCGGUGAGAUUGAUCCCAGUAGCGGCCUUAAGGAGAAAUUGUCCGAAAAUGAGCGAGAAUUGCGUGAAUUAAAGGAGAAGCAAAUACGAAUCGAGAAGGAAUUGCAAGAGACAAAGGCUCGCGAGGUUCGUGCUGUCAAGGAAGCCGACUUGAAAGAGUUGAGACUAUUGGAGCGCAGGACUAGAACUGAAGGUGACCCAAAUACGUAUUUCACUGCGUACUCAAUGUUGCGCAAGUGGGUCGAGUCCAGUUUGGACUUGUACAAGCCCGAGUUGGCACGUGUGCUAUACCCUUUGUUCAUCCAUUGUUUCUUGGAGUUGAUCACCAAGGGAUUUAGCGAAAAGGCCAAGGAGUUUUUCGACAAGUACAAGAGCGAUCAUUUGAUUUUGCAUGGGCUGGAAGUGAGGAGCUUUGCCGGGUUGUCUUUGCCGGAGCAUGUCAAGGAAGAUAGCGGCGCUGUGGCGUACAGGAAACAUAGGUAUAGGAUCUUGGUGUCAAAGACCUCGUUGAACUUGUUGUUGUAUUUCUUGCACGAGAAUGAAGCCGUCGGUGGACUGAUUUUGAUCCGUAUCAUCAACCAGUAUUUGGAUCCCGUGAUAUCCAAAAAUAGACCGGACAAGAUUGAUCAAGAAGGUGAGGCGAACCCCGAAGAAGGGAUAUCGGAAUACUUGGGGAGCAAGAAUGAGGUGGAGCAGUUUAAUAGUGAAAAAGAGGUGAAAUUGGGGAAAAUGCCCAUUGACUCCGAGGUGACCAAAGAGGUUGAGGCGGAGUUGAAGAUCAAGGAUGAAAAAAUAGAGCCUGUGAAUGGCAAGACCCUCACUGCCGAGUUCCAGGAGAUGAUUAAACCCGACUCGGACUCGCCGGCCAAGGAGUCGUUACCGCUACCCAUGAAGGACUCGGCCGAUAUCAAAAAAUUGAUUAUGCAAGUGGAAGACUCGAGGUCAAAGAUUAAACUAGGUGCAAUCCAGGCGGGCUCUCCUUCAGUGUGCAUGUACACUUUCCACAACACCAACAAUAACAUGACUUGUGUUGCGUUCAAUGAAGACUCGACGCUAGUGGCGGUGGGUUUCCAGGGAAGCUACGUGAAAAUAUGGAGUCUUGACGGCAAGCCGCUCCAAGGCUCUAGAAAGGACCGCAAGAGCCAUCAUUCGCCGGACAAUUGCCGGAAACUUAUUGGCCAUAGCGGGCCCAUAUAUGGGGUUUCAUUUUCGCCAGACAACAAGUUUUUGAUCACCUGCUCCGAGGACAAAACGGUGCGUCUUUGGUCGUUGGAGACUUUUACUGCCCUUGUUUCAUACAAGGGCCACAACCAGCCUGUUUGGGACGUCAAGUUUUCGCCCUUGGGACACUAUUUCGUCACUGCAUCCCACGACCAAACUGCGAGGUUAUGGGCCACCGACCAUAUUUACCCAUUGAGGAUCUUUGCCGGACACAUUAACGACGUUGACUGCGUCGAGUUUCACCCCAAUUCAAACUACGUGUUUACUGGGUCCAGCGACAAGACCUGUCGGAUGUGGGACGUGCAGACUGGCCAUUGCGUGCGAGUCUUCAUGGGCCACACUAGCCCCGUCAAUUGUCUAGCCGUGUCCCCUGACGGCAGAUGGCUUGCCAGCUCAGGGGACGACUAUGUGAUCAACGUGUGGGACAUUGAAACUGGUAGGAGAUUAAAGACCAUGAAAGGGCACGGUCGUUCGACGAUUUAUUCCUUGGCCUUUUCCAGAGACGGAAGUGUGCUUGUGAGCGGCUCGGGAGAUUGCAGUGUCAGAGUAUGGGAUGUCAGGAAGAAUACAAAUGACGCGGGGCCUGAGCCGGAGGCGAUCAUGGAGAACAACAGCGUCGCCAAUGGAGACGGUGCAAGUGAGAAUGGGAAAUCUCAGCAGCCGCAAAACCAGCAGCCACACCAACAACAAAAACAACAACUGCAACAGCAACAACAACAGCAGCAGCAGCAGCAGCAGCAACAACAACAAGCGAGUCGAAGAGAAGUUAUCGCUAGCAGUGAUCACAUGGCGGCAUUUUUCACCAAAAAGACGCCUGUGUUCAAUGUGCAUUUCACAAGGAGGAAUCUAUGCUUUGCAGCGGGCGCUUUCCAAGGAUGA